AUGUGUCAUUUCGUGCUAAUUCCACUUCUUUAUUCAAAUCGUCCGAUUAUUCGUCUUAGUUUGAUCUUAUUCUGUGACAGUUAUCGUCGUCUUUUUCAGUUUGUCAAUGAUGUCCAUGGAAUUGCUUUUAUUACCAAUCAUACAGAAAAAAUCUCGUCAAAGCUAAAAGCAAAUGACGAAAUCAUUAUUGCCGGUGUAUUUAUUAAGCCCGUGAUGUAUGUUGAUCUACUGGAAGACGAGGAAAACAUUCCAUUCCAUCUUAAAAUCGUCGACAAUAUGAUUACCUAUAACAAUAAGAGAAGAACUGUUUGGUUCAAUGAAGUACAAGUACUCUCCAAAAUACUUGUUAAUUCAUCAUUUCUCAUCACUAUUUUUCUCACUGCACGCGAUGUGUUCAAUGUAACUUUCAACGGACAAGUACUUUUUCACAUAAAUAAACGUGCGUCGAUGUCCAAUGCGAGUCAAUUUCGUAUCUAUGGAAAUAUUACACUCAGGUUAGCCAGAGUGAUUCAUGCACAAGAAGAGAAAGAUAAUUCAAUGAAGAUUACAAUCAUUAUUGGUAUAGUUAUUACAUCAACUUUAAUCAUUAUUACCGGACUGGGAGUUUUCUUGAUAUUACGACGACAUAGUUCGAAUUCCAAAGCGAAAGACAGAUCAACCAAUGACGAAGACUCCGUCAUCGAAAGUCUAGGAAGUUUUCGAAGUGAAAAACAAGAUCAAUCGCAUGUGACAUAUUUAGCAAGCAAUGCAUUUCUUUCUUAG